UACAACACAACAACAAAUGUGUGGAAAUAGAAACGAAACAAUGCAGAAACAAACUGCUGCUGCAUUAUUAUACAAGUGAAGAGAAUAGAAGAAUGCCAUUUUGGCAAGUCGCUGCCUGAUUUUUUUUGCCCGUUUCUGUGUCUGUGUGUGUGUGUGGUCGUGCGCUAGUUGGUGUUCGUUCUAAUGUUUGAAACAAGACAACAAACAAACAAACAACCCACACAGAACUUUUCUUUGGCAGCCGGAAAUCUGAUAUAGCCGGGGCUUGUGAUCGGAAUCGAAAGCAGAAUUGGGAAUCUGGAAUCGGGAUUGGAAUCGCAGCAGCGGCAUCGCAGAGUUUACAGUGGCAUAGCGAAUGGAUUUGUAACAAUAAUCGUUCAAUGACAGCAACCGCGGUCGCACUAUCCACCGCCCCCGUUACCGGCCCCCUUGCGGUGGAGCGAGCACAGAGCAGUUAACAACGCCCGCUGGAUCGAAAGAUAUAGCACAGAUAAAAGGAAACAGCAAGAGAUAGUGUUGUGGUCCUGGUCAAGAAAAAAGGACCCCCUUGAAGGACAGACGACCCCAAAGAGAUUGUGCAGUCUAUAGACUUCUUAAAUAGAGGCUCGAAGCUCCUAACACGAUACACGCCACAAUGGUGAAGACGUUUCAAGCCUAUCUACCGUCCACGAACCGGACAUACUCAUGUGUUCACUGCCGUGCCCACCUCGCCUCCCACGACGAGCUCAUCUCGAAAUCGUUCCAGGGCAGCCAGGGGCCGGCAUAUCUGUUCAACUCGGUGGUGAACGUGGCCUGCGGCCAGACGGAGGAGCGGGUUCUGCUCACUGGCCUCCAUGCGGUGGCCGAUAUAUACUGUGAGUGCUGCAAGACGCCGCUGGGCUGGAAGUAUGAGCACGCCUACGAGUCCAGUCAAAAGUACAAGGAGGGCAAGUUUAUCAUUGAGCUGGCGCACAUGAUCAAGGAGAAUGGCUGGGACUGAAGGACCAAAGCGAUGGCAUGGGAUCAGCAUUCAGCAUUCAUCAGAAGCAUCAGCAGCAGCAGCAGCAGCAGUGGGAAAAGCAGCGAAUUCACACACAACAAGAGACACACACAUGGCAUGGCAUAAGACAUAAGAGUGUUGUUACCCAAAAUGGCUAAAGUCUGGCGACGAAGCGAAGAGUGGAUCGGAUUACGGACACGGACACGCAAGCAGAAACAGAAACAGCAGAGGGAUCGAGUUUUAGGGUACACAACAAUAUAGUAUAUAUGCUAUUAUAUAGUGCAAAACUCGUAUCGUAUCGCAAAGAACAAAAAAAAACCCAAUCAGACAUUCAGAAAAUAAUACAUACGAUCCACAAACACACCACACACCACACACAAUACACAGCUGGAUUGGGCUUGGAAAAAGGAUCUCUGCGCUGGACGCUUGAUAGGAUUUCCACACUUUCAUUUCAAUUGCAGUCUCAAUCUCAACUCCAUUACAGACUUUGUUUUCCUUUACCUAUUUUACGUUGUUGCAAGUUGAUUCAAUUAUGUGUACUCUCUGUGCAGUUUGCCUUAAUUUGAUGAUUUCGAUUAAAAAAACAAACACGAACACACAAACAAAAACAAAAUACAAAACUUGCACUGCCAAAUAAACAAGAGAAAUGUUUAGCAACAAAAA